AUGGAAUCACCAAGACGCAAAGGAGGGGACCUGGAAGAUGGUCUCGAGAUGUCUCCCGGUCAUGGUCUGCACUUCCCGCUUCCUGAACGCGUGCCUUCGCUUGGAUGGAGGGGAAUCAACUUCACCGCUGGAGGACGCAAGAUCCUGAAAGAUUGCUCUGGAAUCAUUCAUCCGGGAGAGUUCACAGCCGUCAUGGGCCCGUCGGGCUCGGGUAAAACUACUCUGAUGAACAUCCUAAGUGGAAGACAGAACCCUUCGGGUCGCGGUCUGAAGGUCGACGGCACGGUGACUUUGGAUGGGCGAAUAACGGCGCCGUCGAAGUUCCGUGACAGCGUCGCGUAUGUGAUGCAAGAAGAUGCAUUGGUAUCGACGAGCACCCCUCGAGAGGUACUCGAAUUCGCUGCUACACUCAAGUUGGACAAAAGCAGACAUGAGAUCAAAACUAUUGUCAACGAUAUGCUGGAGUAUCUCCGUCUGAGUACUUGUCAAAAUACGAUGGUGGGCAAUCAACUAACUCGAGGAAUAUCAGGCGGUGAGCGCAAGAGGACUUCUAUUGGGAUGGAGCUCAUAACACAACCAAGUAUGUUAUUCUUGGACGAGCCUUUGACCGGGUUGGACUCCUAUGCGGCGGUGACGACCUCGAGGGUUCUCAAAGGAUUGGCUGAACACGGUGUAACGGUCCUUAUGACAGUUCAUCAACCUUCAAGCGAAGUCUUCGAGCUUUUCGACAGGGUCAUGCUCAUCAACGAGGGCGAGAUAGUGUACCAUGGCCCGAGGACCUCUCUCGAAGACUACUUCGUGAGUCAUGCGGACUUGCGCUG